GGCGGGGCUGGGGGCGGGGCGCGCUACGAGAUGCUAGGCCCCUGCUCCGCGCCCUGCCACACGGGACUCCGCCUCUGUCUCAAGGAGUACCAGAACAACGUGACGUCGACGGGGUCCUGUUCGUUCGGGAACGCCACCUCCGCCGUCCUCGGCGGCGCCAACUUCGCGCUCGACGCGGACCCGGACCAGGACCCCGACGCGGCGGCCCACGCCAAGCUGGUGAUCCCCUUCGCCUUCAGAUGGACGAGGUCUUUCACGCUGAUACUGCAGGCCCUGGACUUUGGUAACUUCAGUGACUCAGGCUCGGAGCGGGUGAUCGAGGAGGCGUCGUACUCUGGCAUCAUCCUGCCGUCGGCCGAGUGGCACACGCUCACGCACCGCGGGCCCGUGGCGUGGCUCUCGUACCGCGUGCGCGUGCAGUGCGACCAGCACUACUUCAACGCCACCUGCACCAAGUUCUGCCGGCCGCGCGACGACAAGUUCGGCCACUACAUCUGCGACCACAACGGCGACAAGGUGUGCAUCGCGGGCUGGAUGGGCGCCAACUGCGAGAUCGCCGUGUGCAAGGCGGGCUGCGAUCCGACCCACGGCAAGUGCGACGUGCCCGGGGACUGCGAUGUUGAUUCUCGCGACCUCAACUACUGCGGGCGACACGAGCCGUGCCUGAACGGCGGGACGUGCGAGAACCCCGCCCCGGACCAGUACCUGUGCACCUGCGGCGAGGGCUUCUCCGGCCCCAACUGCGAGAUCGUGGACAACCCCUGCGCCACGCAGCCCUGCGCGCACGGCGGCACCUGCACGGCGCACCCCUACAGCGAGGCGCAGCUGGGGGCGCAGCUGCAUGACAGCCCCGGCGGCUACUUCACCUGCAGCUGCGCGCCCGGCUGGGCUGGCGACACCUGCGGCAUCAGAGUUCGGCGGUACACCACGGCUAUAGCCAGCGCACUAUUUAGGCCAGACGUGGAUGAGUGCGCCUCGUCGCCGUGCCUCAACGGCGGCACUUGCGUGGACCUGGUGGCGGGCUUCCGCUGUGACUGCCCGCCCGCCUGGGAGGGCGACACCUGCCAGGACGACGCGGACGAGUGCCUGCUCAGCCCCUGCGUCAACGGCGUGGCCUGCACCAACCUGGUCGGGUCGUAUCAGUGCCAGUGCCAGCCCGGCUGGGAGGGCGCCAACUGCGACCAGAACAUCGACGACUGCGUGGGGCAGUGCCAGCACGGCGCCACCUGCAUCGACCUCGUCAACGACUACCACUGCGCCUGCCAGGCCGGCUACACUGGCCGCGACUGCGCCACCGACGUCAACGACUGCGAGUCGUCGCCGUGCCUGCGCGGCGGCGACUGCGUGGACCUGGUGAACGGCUUCCGCUGCAUCUGCCCCGUGGGGCUGGCGGGCACGCUGUGCGAGCUGGAGCACGACCACUGCGCGCCCAACCCCUGCCGCAACGGCGCCUCGUGCUCGUCCACGCACAGCGGCUACCACUGCCACUGCCCCGAGCACUGGCAGGGCAAGAACUGCGACCUUCCCCUCGCCCGCCACGCCGCUGCCGUUUCGGACAGCUGCGGCGGGGGCGGCGCUGUGUGCGGGGAGCGCGGCCGCUGCAUCUCCACGCCCGCCGGCGGCUACAAGUGCGCCUGCGAGCCCGGCUACACUGGCCGCCACUGCCACGAGAACAUCAACGACUGCAAGCUGAACCCCUGCAUGAACGGCGGGACCUGCGUAGACCGAGUCAACUCGUUCCAGUGCAUCUGCAAGGAGGGCUGGGACGGCGACACCUGCGCCAUCAAUCGCAACGACUGCGAGCCCAACCCCUGCCGCAACAACGGCACGUGCUCGGACCGUGUGGCGGACUUUUACUGCUCGUGCCGCGACGGGUGGAAGGGCAAGACGUGCUCGCUGCGGGACUCGCACUGCGACCGGGGCACCUGCCGCAACGGCGGCGCUUGCCGGGACCUGGGCCACACGUACGUGUGCAAGUGCCCGUCCGGCUGGGAGGGCACUGUCUGCCACCUCCCGAAGAACCGCGCGUGCGAGUCCAAGCCCUGCCUGAACGGCGGCACCUGCCUCAACUCGGCCGAGGGCGAGGGCUUCACCUGCGUGUGCCGCGAGGGCUUCGAGGGCGAGCGCUGCCAGCGGGACGUGGACGACUGCAAUCCGCCGCCCUGCCUCAACGGCGGGCGCUGCGUGGACGGCGUCAACUGGUUCCGCUGCGAGUGCGCGCGCGGCUUCACCGGCCCGGACUGCCGCAUCAACAUCAACGAGUGCGCGUCCAACCCCUGCGCUCACGGCGCCACCUGCGAGGACGGCUACGGCCAGUUCCGCUGCAUCUGCCCUCCCGGGCGGAAGGGGCUCCGCUGCGAGUUAGUGGAGGAGCUGGCCUUCGGGAGCGGCGUUUGCCUCUGGAAGGGCCAGUACCUGGCGCACAACUCGUCGUGGCCCGACGGCUGCAACGUGUGCGAGUGCAACGAGUCCCAGGUGCGCUGCACUCGCAUCUGGUGCGGCCUGGACAACUGCCUGGCGCCGCCGCCGCACCUGCAGGCGCAGGUGCCGCCCACCGUACCCUGCGCGCUGGACGAGGUGUGCGUGCCCGCGCCCCGCGAGGUGUGCUUAGGCCCGGGGCCCGGGCAGGCCGCGGGCUCGUGCGCGCCGUGGGGGGACUGCCGCGCCAUCGAAGCGGGCAAGCGGGUGGGGCCGCCGCGCCUGCCCGCGCCGCCCGACUGCUGGCCCAACCAGGCCGUGCUGGGCGCGGGGUGCUCGCGACUCACCCUGCUGCUGGACCACGGCCGCCUGGCGGCCGGCCCCGCCGUGAGCGUGGAGGGCCUGUGCCGCCAGCUGCGGAGGCUGCUCGCGCACACGUACGCGGCAGAGGGUGGCGCGCACCGCCAAGACGCGCUCGUACUGCUCUGCGAGCUGCGCACCGGCUCCAACGACACUGUCGAGGUCACCGUGUCCCUGCAGGACCCGCCACACAGUGAUGAAUAUCGUGCCAUCUCUGAGGGCAUCCGGGUCCUUGGCGAGCUUAUAGGCCGGAAGCACUCGAACCUAUCCGCACUGGUGGCUGUGCUCGAGGUCAAGGUUGAGACCGCGCUAGUCGCAGAAGAGAAAUCAAGUGCAGUUUACAAGAUUCUUCUUUUCUCCAUUAUUGCCAUCAUUCUUUUUACCCUGUUCGGAUGGGGAACGCUACAAUAUUAUCGGCAGAAGCAAUUAAAUGCUUCAUCCCUUGGUUCCCUUGGAGCAUUAGGGAGCCUUGGAGGGGGUGACCCUUGUCACUCUCGUAACCACCAUGAAGAUGAAAAAUCGAACAAUUUACAAAAUGAAGAGAACUUGAGACGCUAUGCAAAUCCUCUUAAAGAAGAGGCACUAGCAAUUGGUGGUAGCCUUGCAAAUUUACGAAUGUCUUGUCAAGGCAAUUUAAAAAUGACUGCAGCCAGUGUCAGUGAUCUUCAGAAUUCGAGGAUAAGUGUAGUGCGGCCAUUGUCAGCUUCAAUAAGUAGCUUAUGUGGAGCUGACAGUGCUGAAAUGUUAGAAAUUCUAACUGAGAAAGAUCAUAAAAGACAUCUGCAGCCUUGUAGCAGUGGAAGUGCUUCUCCACCAAACAAGUUGCAAGUAUGUCAUCUAUCGUAUAAGUCGCAAUCACCAGAUUUGCGCAAUAACUCAAAUGCUGCAGCUUUAAUGCAGAAAGACUUCAAUAAGCAGGCAAUGAGCCUGAAUACAACAAAUACAUCAAAUCAAACAUCGUCCCCUGCACCCCAAAGAACGUUCGAUCCCUCAGUGUUGACGGUAGUGGUGUAGAUACUAUACAAUGCCCUUGUGGCACCGGAUUCUGUGCUAUUGUGUGUUAAGUAAAUUAUUAUUGCCAUACUGUUUGCAACUUUAUUGCAAGUGCCAAUGACAUUGCCCUUGAUAUAUGGAAUAUUUUGUGUCUUUUCUCUUGGCAUUCAAAAGUGGCCAGCCAAAGUGAAAAUCUUGCAAAAAAAUCAAAAAUCAAAAAAAUAAUCAGAUUGUUUAUUGUGAUAGUUGCGGUAGUUGGUCAUCUUGGACUCAGGUUACCUGAGUAGUUCUUUGAUCUCGUGCGACACAGACUGGCCCACAGUAACAGGGCUUUAGAAGCCUUGUUGGCAUUAAUGUGAUUCUCUGUACCAAUAACAAGUGUGUGAUAUUAUCUUAUAUAAUUAAAUUGCAAUAUAUAUUUUAAAUGUAUAAAUAGAGUUUUAUUGAUCAUAAAAUUUGUCGAUCAGGUGUACAGCAA